AUGCCUAAACCAGAUGAUAGUAUCAUGAAGACAGGAGUAAAUAGGCGUAUCACAGAUGAAAAAAUAUAUAAGCCUCAUAAACAACAGGAAUUGUACGAUAAGUUGUUACCAAUGCUAACUGAUGAGCAAAGACGUGUUUAUGAAGAAAUCAUUCACUCUGUGAAUCACGACAAAGGUGGUAUGUUUUUUGUCCAUGGUUUUGGUGGUACUGGAAAAACAUUCAUGUGGACUAUUAUUGGUGCUGAUAUAAGAGCUAAAGGUAAUAUUGUUCUGAAUGUUGCUUCAAGUGGUAUAGCUGCAUUGCUUUUGGAAGAUGGUAGAACGACUCAUUCAAGAUUUGGAGGUGGUUUUAGAAAAAUACUACCUGUUAUUACCAAAGGAGGAAGAGUGGCGACAGUUUUAGCAUCUAUAAACUCAUUAGUUCUUUGGAACAGUUGUAAAGUUCUUAAACUUACCGAAAAUUUGAGACUUCGCAAGGCAAGUAAUAGUAUGGACGCGGGUGCUCUCGCUACUUUCUCAAAGUGGCUUCUUGAUAUCGGGGAUGGCAAAAUUAACGAGUCAAAUAGUGGGUAUGUGGAGAUUGAAAUUCCUGAUGAUUUAUUAAUUAAUACAAGUUGGAAUCCUAUUGAAGCAAUAGUUAAAGAGAUUUAUGGAGAACGUUUUGCAACGAGGACUGAUCUAAAAUUCUUUAGUGAAAGAGCUAUUCUAAGUCCAAGGAAUGACGAUGUUGAUAACAUAAAUCAGUUUAUGCUUAUUAAGCUCCCAGGUGAAGAGAGACGAUAUCUUAGCUCUGAUAGUAUUGAAACGUCUGACAUAAGCGGACAUGAUGAUAUGAUCUACACUCAGGAAUUCUUAAACAAUAUACAGGUUUCUGGAUUGUCAAACCAUGUUUUGACGUUGAAAAUAGGAGCACUUGUCAUGUUGUUAAGGAAUAUAGAUCCAAAGGGAGUAGCUGUGAAGGACAAAAGAGAUCAUUAUAAUGAAGUUGUUUUCACGCUAUUAAAUGGCAGGAAUGAAACGAUCAAGUGUCGUGCAGUAAGCGACUGUGCUACCCGUUUUAUGUCUUUAUGGGAGACAUCUGGAUGCCAUCUCACAUAUCAAACCGAACCGGUGUUUUGUGUUCUGCGUUUCUGGAAGGUUGGAGAGUAUGAAGGUAAACCGUGUAUUGUAAACACAUUGGCCUCCUCCAAGAUAUUUAUAAAACCGGAGUUUGAAGGACUUGAGCAUCACAAGGCCAUGUAA